CCUCGUCCUUCACCACCGGCGUCCCCAAUGGAAUCCCAGGGUCAGGAAUGUGCAGCCAUCAGACGGCAGUGGCAACCCACCCAGGGCCCUAUAUAAAGCCGGGAGAAGCCAGGAGCCACACCGCCCAGACAAGACACCUCCCAGACACCUCCACCUUCCCGGGGAGCAGGCCCGCAGCACGAUGAUAAGCCCGCACACCCUGCCGUGCCUCCUCCUCCUGCCGCUGGGUGCCUGCCUUCCUCUCUUGGACAGAGAAGAGCCCGCUGCCGCCGUGGGAGGUGUCAGAGGCGGAAUGAGCUGGGCUGACCUGCCCGGGGGACAUCGCAUGCCCCCCCCACGGAGCUCCCCUGGGUGGCCGAGGACCCCACAGCCGCACGGCCUGCUGGUCACGGCCAAGGAGCUGCAGGUGUCGGGCCAACGGCGCCCUGGCUUCACGUUCCGGUUCGGGAGGCAGGACGAUGGCAGCAAGGCUACUGGCUUCCUCCCCGCCGAUGGCGAGAAGGCCAACGGCCCUUUAGGGACCCUGGCCGAGGAGCUCAGCAGUUACAGCAGGAAAAAAGGUGGCUUCAGCUUCCGCUUUGGCCGGCGGUGA